GUUCAUAAAGCAUAAAACAACACCAUCAGAGCGCGGUGCAAAGUAUCUAUAUUCGUCCGCCGUUCUUAUACAUCCAUGUAGUCCGCUGUAUAGAAAACGGUAGUUUCCCCUCAGCAGCAGACGCACAUUAAUCACGCCCGCUGGCGAAUGAUAAAUACGUCGGAUAGUGAAAUUGCAGUCGGAUUCUCAAAGCGCCGCAGUCUCUUCUCCUAAAUACUUUUGAAUUCUUCUAUCCACUAUUCCUUAACCCCGUGACGUUUCACACAGAGGUCAAGGGAUAAACGAUAGGGUCUGAUUUGUUGACUAUUCGACUGCAGUCAAUGAACCAACUUCCUUAUUGCUCAGAUGUUAUACAAUUCUGCUUGUUUUCCUUAACCUGAUUCGUCCGAUUCCUGCGACAGUCAACCGCGAGCCACUUUCAGUAAACUAAAAGUAACGCUUACUUUGUGGUCAGUUCAUAAGAAGAAACGUGACGGAGAGAAUCAGAUUUUGGUUAUUUCGUCAUGAAGAUGAAGGCGUUAGUGGGGUUUUUGACCCUCGUACACGUUUCCCAGCAAUCUUCAACUGUUCGUGUGAAUGAGGGGGUGGAGUCUGUCCAGCUUCCCUGCCAAGACUCCACGGAAACUGAGGACAAAACAGUGGUGUGGCAUCGAUACGGUUCCAAUCCCUCUAUUGUCCACCAGCAUCGACAUGUGUUUCAGACUCUGUUUCAAAACCAGCAUUACAGCGGCCGAACAUCAAUGUCAGAUGAUGCUCUGGAAACUGGAGACCUCAGCCUCACUCUGAAAGAACCCCACCACUCUGACAGUGGCGUCUACAUCUGCCAAAUGAUCAGAAAGGGAGUGGAAUUAUUCCCCCGAUACAAAGUGGAACUGCAGGUCAUAGUUCUCCAACAUAACUCAACCAUUGGAGUGUAUGAGGGGGUGAAGUCUGUCCAGCUGCCCUGCCAGUCAUCCUGGUUUCUUAGUAAGGACACAACAGUGGUGUGGAGUCGCAUCGGUUUUAAUCCCUCAACCGUCCACCAGCAUCUUGACGAAAAGGAGCCCCGUUUUCAAAACCAGCAUUACAGCGGCCGAACAUCUACGCCAACUUAUGCUCUGAUAACUGGAGACUUCAGCCUCACUCUGAAAGAACCCCAACUCUCUGACAGCGGCGUCUACACCUGCCACGUCCAUAACAAUGAAAAGGAAAUGUUAAGGCUAAUUGUGCGCCUGCAGGUUACAGAACGGCCCAUAUUCCCUCCUGAGUUAUGUCUUAUGCUGGCUGUUUGCCUUGCUCUGGCUGUAGCUGCCUUGGGUUGGCACAAAACCAUCACAGUCUCUUCUGUAGUGGUGAAAGAGGGAGUGUGCUUGGUAAAACUUCCUUACAAAACCAUAGUCCCUCUGCCUGAAGACGUCACCGUGGAGUGGAGUCGUUGCGCCCCCGAGCCAAUGAGGGUCCACAAAUAUUGUAACGGCAACAACGAUCUUAUUAGACAGGAUGAGUUUUAUUGCAAUCGCACAAAGAUGCAGGAAGAGCCACUGAAAACCAAAGACCUCAGUCUGACCCUCAGGGACCCCUGCUACAGAGACAGUGGAACCUACACCUGCACCGUCCACAAGGACAGAGAAGCCGUGACACAGAAAGUAGUACGGCUCCGAGUCAAUGUCCCCCAGGAGGUGGUGAAAGUCGGGGAUUGGGCUAAAUGUGUCACACUGCCCUUCAAAACCAGAGCUCGACUGCCUGCAGAUGCGACGGUAAGAUGGAAACGUUUCGAGUUAUACAAUUCCUGGACAGUUCAUGUGUAUCAGAAUGGCCAAGACAAGUCUGAGGAGCAAGACGACUCUUACAGAGACCGCACAAAGAUGAUGAAAAACCCCCUGCAAGCUGGAGAUCUCAGUCUGACCCUGAUUAACCCCAGUCAUGGAGAUAUCGGUGCAUACACAUGCACCGUUGAAAGGGACGGAGACGUCAUAUGGAAGAGAUCGGUGAGGCUCAAGCUCAAAGGGUUAUGGUUUUAAGGAAGAAAGGACCGAAGACGAACCAGAUGGCGCCGUGAACAAGCAGCUUCCCUGAACCAGUGAUAUGUUCACUGUUUAAUUUGUUCACUGAUGUUAACGCUUCAUUACAUUACAUUACAUUACAUUGCAUUUAGCUGACGCUUUUAUCCAAAGCGACUUACAAUAAGUACAUUCGACCAGGAAGACACAACCUUGAAGAAAACAGAAUCAUAUAAGUACAUCAGGUUUCAUAGAGCCAAACAUUUCAAGUGCUACUCAACUGGCUUUAGGUAAGCCAGUCCUUUAUUAGUAUAAAAGUGCUUCGUUAAUAGUUCUAACGCUCGAAGUGGAGUCGAAAGAGAUGAGUUUUCAGUUUGCGCCGGAAGAUGUGCAAGCUAUCUGCUGUCCUGAUGUCAAUGGGGAGCUCAUUCCACCAUCUUGGAGCCAGGACAGCAAACCCACGUGUUUUCGUCGAUGGGAACUUGGGUCCCCCUCGCAGCGAGGGCGCAACGAGUCGUUUGGCUGAUGCAGAGCGUAGUGCACGCGCUGGGGUGUACGGUUUAACCAUGUCCUGGAUGUAGCUUCAGUAUUGAAUUCAAGUCUCUCCUUCCUUCUCUCUCUGCCUGCAGGUACUAUGUGGUGUAAAAAGAUCAGAUGUUUUUGUGAUUUCAUAAUUGUUUUAAUAAUGUACGUUUCUGGCUGUAGCACAUGCUCCCUGCUCACAUGAUCACCUUUACAUUAUCAAUAAAUAAAUAAUUAAAUAAUCUGAUAA